AUGGCGUCAUCAACAAUAUCAUCCAAAGUCUUAUGUGUUGUGUGCAAUAAAGGAAAAGGAACUUUCAAAUGUGAAGGAUGUUCACGCAUGUUUUGUCCAAAACAUUCAAUUGAUCAUCGAAAUGAAUUAAGUAAACAAUUAGAAGAAAUUGUUGUAACACGUGAUCUUAUGCAACAAACUCUUAUUCAACAAAUGGAAGAUCCUCAACAACAUCCUUUGGUAAAAAAAAUUAACCAAUGGGAACAAGAAUCUAUUGUCAAAAUUCGCCAAGCAGCAGAAGAAGCUAGAAAUAGAUUAAUCAAGACUACUACUGAGUAUACAAAUGAUCUUAAACAAAAGCUGAACAACUUAUCUGAUGAAUUACGACAGGGCCAAGAAGAUAAUGACUUUAUUGAGACUGAUUUACAACAAUGGAUACAAAAAUUAGAAGAACUAAAAAAAGAACUUCAUAGUCCAGCAACUGUUGCUGUUCAAGAAGAUUCUACUCCACUUAUUUCCAAGAUUCUUAUUCGCAAUCAAAAUACAUUUGAUCUAUUCGAACGUGUUUGUGGUACUGCUGAAAUCAAAGAAAAUGGUUGUCUUGUUGUGAAAAAUAAUUCAUCUAAUCACACAGAAAUACGUGGACAAAACGAAUAUAAUACUGGAAGACACAGAGUUUCUUUCCAAAUCGAACAAUUAGCUUCAGGCGGAUGGAUCUUUUUUGGAAUCAUUUCGAAAGCAGAACCUAUGCAAACAUCUUCGUAUAGUUCACCAUCGAGUUAUGGUUGGUCAAAUCAAAAUCAAAUCUUUAGCGGUGCUGCUGGUCAGAUUAUUAGUGGAGAAACUAUUGAAAUCGUCGAAAACGAUACUAUUACAUUGUUGAUUGAUUGUAACCAAAAGACAGUUCGACUCGAAAAUGAUCGAUUGAAUAAGAGUAUACAACAAUUGGUUGAUAUCAACAAAUGUCCAUUUCCAUGGCAACUUCAUCUUAAUCUUUAUCUAGCUAAUACUCGUGUGCGCAUUCUAAACUCAUCCAAUUAA